AUGUUUUGGAACUUGGAAAGAAAAAACAAAUGUAAUUUCUCCCCACCCUCUCUAGGGGGGAAUGACACGGGUCCUCUUGGCGAAGGAGAAAACAAAGCCAAAAGCAGAGAGCAAAGCUACGCGUCCGCCUCUAGAAACCGUAGAAAACCUAAAAAGGGGCUCGUGGGACAUGUGAGGAGCAGGUCGUCUCGUUCUCACUUCUCUCAGCUAACCAAUUUACUAAUUAAAUCUUCCUUCGUCGAUUAUCGAAAGCUUAACUGCGAGUACGGUAAGUCGUGACCAUAACUCUCUGUUUGGUUUCCAAGAAAGCCUCAGAAAAAUAGAGAACAAAAAGAAAGCUUCAGACAUUACAAGGCCAUUCAAUCCGAAUUUUGCACGUUUAAUUUUAGUUUCCGAAGCGUAUUUUAUAGAGGCUCAUUUGAGUGGUGGUGUUGUUGGCAGCCUGAGAUUGAGAAAAUAUGGAGGAAAUGUUGGCUGUAGUUCUUUCUAUGCUUCUUGUUUUGGCAUUAAUUCCACUUUAUCUAUGGAAACGGCGUCAAGAUUCUCGAUUGCCUCACGAUCACGAAGAAGAGCCGCAGGUUGCUCAGAGGGAAGGUGUAGUGCGUGCCACUGGUCCUCGUCGGAUGCGAAGGAGGCCGGCUUCUGGAGCAAGCACAUCAGCUGCCGCUGCUGCACCAGUUGUAGAAGAAACUGUUGAUGGAAGUGAUGAGGAAGGUGAGGGUGAGUAUUAUGAAGCCAAAGCAUCUAAGAAAAGGGAAAAGAAGCGUCAGGAGCGGGAAGCACAACGACAAGCUGAACAAGCUGCACGUGAAUCGAGGAAUACUAAACAAGACCGCUAUGCUGAAAUGCGGAGGAGGAAAGAUGAGGAGCGUGAGGCACAGGAGCAUCAGCUGGAGGAAGAAGCCAAGGCUCAGAAAGCUAGGGAGGAGGAAGCUGCUGCAUUAGAGUUCGAGAAGUGGAAAGGAGAGUUUUCUAUAGAUGCUGAAGGUACUACAGAAAAUGAAGUGCAGGAUGGACAUCAGGAUUUGCUCUCUGAUUUUGUGGAAUACAUAAAGAAACAUAAAUGUGUACCCUUGGAAGAUCUUGCUGCUGAAUUCAAGUUAAGAACUCAGGAAUGCAUCAAUCGGAUUACCUCUCUGGAGAGUAUGGGGCGACUUUCCGGUGUCAUGGAUGACAGAGGGAAAUACAUAUACAUCUCCCAAGAAGAGAUGCAAGCUGUGGCAGACUAUAUUAAGCGUCAGGGAAGGGUUAGCAUUUCACAUCUCGCUAGCAAGUCCAACCAGUUCAUAGACUUGGAGCCAAAAGCACAGUAUGUUGAAGAAAUAAGUAGUGCGGCAGAGAUAACUGUCACUUGAUUUAGUUAAUGUACUUUGUAUGUGUAAAGGACAAUUACGACAGUGUAAUGAAAAUUGUGGCAAGCUGAAUUAACUGGAUAUGUAACUAAAAGAAAGGUGUAGGAGGUAGGGAUUCGGUUUUAAGCAGUGUUUUACGCGACCGAGAAUAUAAAAAGAAAGUUAUUCUGAGAAA